AGAGUCGGCACCAUGGGCGCAGGGAGGCUCGCCGGCGCGCUUUGCCGACUGCCGGCCUCGGUGUGGAGGGCGACAAGAUCCCCGCUUUGGCAUCACUCUCUGCAGAAAAUAAGUUCUCAAGGAGGAAAACUUGAGCCCGCGAAGCAGCCCCUCAAGAAGCCCAAGCUACCACUUGGUCGUUUUGAUGCCCCAGAGGAUUUGCACAUGGAGAAAGAACCCCUGAAGAAAUUUCCAGGUGAUGUUAAUCCAGCUACUAAAGAAAAAGGUGGACCCAGGGGCCCAGAACCUACCCGAUAUGGAGACUGGGAACGAAAAGGACGCUGUAUUGACUUUUAAGUCACAUAUUCUGUAACUUCAGUGUCAUUUCCUGAAUAUGUACAUCUGAUUACCCACUUCAGAUUACUUCUUUCUUAAUGUCCUUGAAUUAAUCUAACUUAUAUCAUAUGAUGGCUUUUGAAGAAAAUAUGCUGCUAUAGAAUAGGAAAGGGAAACAUUUUUGCAUUGGCACAUGUUAGCUUUAACUUAAGUGUAUCAGGUGUGCAGAGUAUGGCGAGAGCUGCAAACCUUUACUAUGUCAUGUUUCAUUGUAAUUGUUUGCUUAUAAAAUGUACAUGUAAAUAAAAUGAUUUUUAAAUAA